CCUUCUCUCUGGUUUAACAAGCGUUUUCAACUGUCUUCUGAAUAGCUCUCUACUCUUAACCUUGUUUUGGAAGGUUUCCCUAAUCAGAGGAAACUGGGAGGAGCCGAUUUCCUCUGCUUCCUUUUCUGUUGGCGGACUUGCGUACAGAGAGAUGGGACCGAGGCUUAUUGCCAGGAAGCAGUGUUUAUUUGUGCCUGCACCGGCUCAGGAUUCAUAUCCAACGGCUGAGCCGAGAGCGCAGGGGGGCGUAGCUUUAUAUACCCUUCAUUAGUUGCCCCUUUACAUUUUAGCCCCUUUGUCUUCCUUAUGGGGUAACAUAUUUGAUUAGAUGGUCUAUGCUACAGAGUUACGCAUGCGCACACAGAUGCUGAUGAUUCCACGUUGCCUUCCCUUUGUUCUGGGGGGGCCCUAACCACAUUUUCUCUGCCCUUUUCACACCCAGACUCAGAACACUUAAUACUCUGCAGUCUUUCCUUAACCAUUUAUGCUAGGUACAUUGCUGACUCUGGGCAUGUCUGUUGUUUGUAUCUGUAAUGUGUAUGUCCAUUUCAGUGUUGUCUGUUUUAGUGUGCAGGUGAUAGACUAGAGAACAAGACCUCUGUCUCCGUAGCAUCCUGGAGCAGUCUGAAUGCCAGAAUGGAUAACCGUUUUGCCACAGCAUUUGUAAUCGCUUGUGUACUUAGCCUCAUUUCAACCAUCUACAUGGCAGCCUCAAUUGGCACAGACUUCUGGUAUGAGUAUCGAAGUCCAGUUCAAGAAAAUUCCAGCGAUUUGAACAAAAGCAUCUGGAACGACUUUGCUAGUGAUGAGGCAGAUGAAAAGACUUAUAAUGAUGCACUUUUUCGAUACAAUGGCACAGUGGGAUUGUGGAGACGGUGUAUCACUAUACCCCAAAACACAUACUGGUAUAACCCACCAGGUAUAGAAAGGCCAGAGUCACAUGACAUGGUCACAAGAUGCAUGAGUUUCACGCUAACUGAGCAGUUCACGGAGAAAUUUGUUGAUCCUGGAAACCACAAUAGUGGAAUUGAUCUGCUUCGGACCUAUCUUUGGCGUUGCCAGUUCCUUUUACCUUUUGUUAGUCUAGGUUUGAUGUGCUUUGGAGCUUUGAUUGGACUUUGUGCUUGUAUCUGCCGAAGCUUAUAUCCCACCAUUGCCACAGGCAUUCUCCAUCUUCUUGCAGGUCUGUGUACACUGGGCUCAGUGAGUUGUUACGUUGCUGGAAUUGAACUACUCCACCAGAAACUAGAGCUGCCUGAGAAUGUGUCCGGUGAAUUCGGAUGGUCCUUCUGCCUGGCAUGUGUCUCUGCUCCCUUACAGUUCAUGGCUUCUGCUCUCUUCAUCUGGGCUGCUCAUACCAACCGGAAGGAAUACACCUUAAUGAAGGCAUAUCGCGUGGCGUGAGUGGGAAGCUGCCCGCUCUACAACUGCCAUCUUUAUGAUUUUUGAUAUUAAUAUUUCCCUUAUCUCCCCCAGUUGCUUUUAAUUUAACUUUUUUUGUGGAUAUACCAUUUUAUCCUGAAAACCCAUUUUAUUUAUUCAUACAGAUGGUUGUUUCUUAAUACCACUAAAACUUACAUGGAACCUGUGAGUGAUUCCAUCUUUCAGACAAACUAAUCUAGGUUCAGAGUCCAGACAGAAAAAAAUGGGUAGACUCUUGGCAUAAAUUUGUGAAAGAAAAUUAGUAGUAGAGGAGGUUGACCAAAACAAGUUAUGCUGAUGUCUGUUAGACUUUUCAGUAAAGUUACUGUAUUUGUUCAACUGGAAACACUAAUUUCUUUGGGAAACUUCUUUUUCAUAGUCAAAACUUAUAUUCACUUUGCCGUAGUAGGUAGCCAGUCAGCCAGAGGUAUUAGUGCUAUUUUAAGGACUUAGGCUAUCUAAAAUAGGGAAAUUAUCUAAAAUCUUUUUCCCUAAAUAUUGGCAUAUAGGUUCAUCUGAGGUGAAAUAUGGCAGUUGUUUAUCUACACUGUGUCUGUUUACAAGAAAGGAAGUGUUUACAUGGAAUUUUAACUUCGUAAACUGCAAGAAUUCCAGUUCAGCCAGGCAAGAGGAUUAACCUUAUUUUACUUUUUUUUUUUUUACACUCUCCUUAAUAUGUCAGUAGGAUUUUCAAUAUCACCAAAUCAUUUUGGAUUUUUGUUCCUUCCCUCCUCGCACACCAGGCUUAUUAAGAGUGCUUUCUUUUUAACACUACAUUGGGGUCACAGAGUAAAAUUCUCCAACUGCCAUCUAUUUAUUUCACCUAAGUACCAUAAAGAAAGUUCCAACAUAAUGACCUUCUGGAGCUAGGAAAACUACCACAAAACUUAAAGCAUUGGCUGGUCAUUAACUUCCAGCUGUGGUCUUUAUUUCUUGUGGUGAAAUGAAGUGCCUUUCCUUGCCUAAUCCCUCCCUGGUGUGUAUCAACAUGAUUUAAUGUCUUCUAAUUCAGUCAUUUUUUUAUAAACAUGUCUAUAAACAUUGAAGUUUAAAAAAUCUUAUUUAUUUAUUCCAUUACUGUAGUACUUGACAGAUUUUGAAAAAAAAUGUAACUUAGUAAUUUCUUACAAAAUUCUAAAUCUGUCUUUUUUUAAAAAAUAAAAAAUGAGAAGAGACUCAGAA